UUUUGUCUUCACCUCCCAGAAAUUUCACGUGAGUACGUGGCCCCCUUCCCUCUCACUUUCUGCAACUCCAAGAACCUGAUUGAGAUUUGGAUUUCUUCUCUCAUCUAUUUGUAUUUUCCUCCGUUUGAUGAGAAUUUCAUUUGGGUUCUCUGCUUAUCGUUCUCAUCCAUGCCUGAACCACCACCUUACUCCUCUAUUCUCACUCUCUUCCUACUCUCCUCGCUUUUCCUACUCACUCCAGCCGCUAACAGAUGUUCUUCUCUCACGACAGAUAUUUCCAAAUCCCCUUGUCCACCCUUCACUUCUUCUCCUUCUUUCCCUUUCUCCCUCUCUCCUGGCUGUGGUCACCCUUCUUUUCAGAUCAAAUGCGGGUUUCCUCACUCCAUUAUCACCAUUAACUAUCUCUCUUUUGCUAUUAUUAAAUAUCAGCCCUACUCUUCCUCUCUCACUCUUUCCCCCCUAGCUGCAACCGGAGUGACCGACUGCUCCUCUCUUCACUUUCUUUCCCUUUCCAAUCACUCUAUCAACUUCUCUGGAACUCCAUUUCGAGUCUCCGAUGCUUCUUGCUCUCGUUUCUCCGUUCUUCGUUCCUGUUCGCCUCCUAAUCUGCCUAAUUGCAGCCACUGUCCCUGGGAUUGCAAGCUCAUCAAGAACCCAGCUCAGCUCCUUCACGGCUGUGGAUCUAUGCGACGCCCUCUGUCCGAACAAGGUUGCCAAGAUGAUAUAUUGGGUUUUCUGGAAAAUUUCUUCUCCAAAUGGGGGAUUGAAGUUGAAUGGGAGGAGUUUCAAGACCCUUACUUCUCCAGCUGCAAGACUUGUCAAGCUAAAAACGGAGUCUGCGGCUUCAAUUCAUCUGACCCCAGCAAGCAUUUCAUCUGCUUCCUAUCUCAAUCUAGCAUUUCACCAAACUGGAUUAGCACACGAAGUUCCAAUCGCUUGGCAAUUUUGUGUUCUAUUUCCGCGGUGACAUGUUUACUGCUUGCUGGUUCCAUUGCGCUUGCUAUUUUCCGGUCUAAAAGGCUAAAAUCAUCGGCCAGUGAAGAAGACCCAGCCACUCGGUUCCUACAUCGUAUCCGCUCUGCUAGUCUCCUCCCUCCAGUCUUCACUUACGAAGAGCUGGAGACAGCAACCUACAAGUUCGAUCCCAAACGGAAGAUCGGAGACGGCGGGUUCGGGUCCGUGUAUCUAGGUCAUCUGAACGAUGGUCGUACCGUGGCUGUUAAGUACCUGCACAGGCAUCAUCACCACGCAGCAGCAGCAGGCAUGGCGUUUUCCACCAAAUCUUUCUGUAAUGAGAUCUUGAUAUUGUCCUCCAUUGAUCACCCAAAUCUCGUGAAGCUUCAUGGGUAUUGCAGCGACCCAAGAGGGCUCCUCCUUGUCUACGAGUAUGUCCCAAACGGUACUCUAGCAGACCAUCUCCAUGGACCUAAAAGCAUUUACAGAAAAGGGUGCUUAACAUGGCCGGUGAGGCUCGAUAUCGCCUUGCAAACAGCUCUCGCCAUAGAAUACCUGCACUUCUUUGUGGUACAGGCAAUAGUUCACAGAGACAUUACAUCGUCUAACAUUUUCGUGGAGAAAGACAUGAGGAUCAAAGUGGGAGAUUUCGGGCUGUCCAGGCUUUUAGUCGUCCCAGAAACGUCGUCGUCCUCGACUGGGUUCGUGUGGACAGGGCCUCAGGGCACACCUGGGUACUUAGAUCCGGAAUACCACCGGUCGUUCCGAUUAACGGAGAAGAGCGACGUGUACAGCUUCGGGGUGGUGUUGCUGGAGCUUAUAACGGGGCAGAAAGCGGUGGAUCAGAGCAGAGAGAAGGGAGAAAUGGCGCUGGCGGAUCUGGCCGUGUCGAAGAUCCAGAUGGGUAUGCUCCGGCAGGUGGUGGAUCCCGUCUUGGCGGCUGAUCCGGAGGCAAUGGAAGGCGUUAACGCGGUGGCAGAGCUGGCAUUUAGAUGCGUGGCGGCUGACAAGGACGACAGGCCGGACGCGAGGGAGGUGGUUGAGGAGCUGCGGCGGAUACGUGAUGGCACACGUGCGGGUUGCGGGUCAAACGGGAAAGCAAGCGUGGGUGACGUGUGAGAAUUGGGGUGUUGGCCCACGUGCUUAUGUGGGGUUUGACUGAUGAAUGACCGGUGUCAGCCGCUGAACUGGGUGCGGUUUGCAGAAUUAGCCAAUGAGGAAAGAGAAUGUUAAUGGUAGGUAGGUAGAUAGUUGGAGCUGUAAUUUUAUUUUUUUUACUUUUUACUUUUAAAGUUCUUACCUGGAUCUCUUCUGGGUGAUUCCAGUUUUUGUUUUUUUUUUUGUUUUUAAUGGUACAGUUGAUUUUCAUUUUUGGAUAUAAAAAAAUGGAGGAGAAAAGACAGCCUUCUGAGAAUUUUGAUGUU